AUGUUCGGAAUCGACUUUAGCGCGUGGGUGCCGUCGCCGCCUCCGGAGCACGCGUUUUCUGGCACCCCCGCGGUGGUGGUGUCGCUAGUAUGCACGGUGUUCGCCGUGUUUCUCUCCGUACGCCACAUCGUCAUGCACCUCCGUAACUACACCGAGCCCACGUACCAGCGUUACAUCGUCCGGAUCAUCUUCAUGGUCCCCGUACGCGCCUCGGCGACGAUGGAUCCUUAUUUCCCGCCUGACCUCUCUCCCCCUCUCUCCUACCCGUUCCCCCGACCCGGUCUAACCUCGUUCUCCCUCUGCCACUCUCCCCUUCUCUCCGUGACGUCACGGCCUUUAUCCACCUAUCUCCCCACCCUCUGCCUCUUCCCCACGCUCCCUCCCCCUCUACUCUCCCUCCCCUCCCCUCCUCCCCCUCUCCUUUUCAACAGCUACGAGGCGUGGGUGAUUCACAACUUCCUCUCGCUCUGCCUCUCCUGGGUAGGGGGACUAAGCUCUGUGGUGUUCGCUCCCGCCCGUCUCUCUCUCCCCGUUUCCCCCCCGUUUCCCCCAAACAGCUACGAGGCGUGGGUGAUUUACAACUUCCUCUCGCUCUGCCUCUCCUGGGUGGGCGGGCCAGGCGCCGUGGUGACGAGUCUAACAGGGCGGCUGCUGAAACCCUCCUACCUGCUCAUGACCUGCUGCUUCCCGCCCAUCCCCCUUGACGGCCGCUUCAUCCGGAGGUGCAAGCAGGGCUGUCUGCAGUUCGUGUACUUAAAGCCCAUCCUGGCGGCCACCUGCCUGUGCCUCUACUACUACGGCCUCUACGAGGACGGCAACUUCGCCCUCUCAGACGGCUACAUCUACAUCACAUGCAUCUACAUGGCAUCUUAUUCUGUGGCGAUUUACGCCCUCAUUCUCUUCUACGUCGCGUGCCGGGAGCUGCUUCGCUCUUUCAACCCCGUGCCCAAGUUCCUGAUGAUCAAGGCUGUGGUGUUCCUGACCUACUGGCAGGGAGUGCUGGUGUUUAUAGUGGCGCAACUAGGAUAUGUACGCAGUGCAGAGGACGCGGCAGACCUGCAGAACGUGCUCAUCUGUGCGGAGAUGGUGCUGGGCGCGCUGGGCUUCAUGCACGCCUUCCCCUUCAAGCCGUUUCUGCAGGCCAAUGUGGCCAUGAAUGGGGAACAGGCGGGGCUGCUGAGGUCGAUUAAACAUGCCAUCAACCUCACAGACGUUGUCAGCGACACUGUUCACCAGUUCGCCCCCACCUACCAUGACUAUGUGCUCUACAGCGAUGGCACGGGGGAGACCCACCACUACCGCACACGCACCUUCGUGCCCUCAGGUGUGUUUCUGUUCGUUCAAGUGGAAAUUUGUUCCCUCAGGUGUGUUUCCGUAUCCUUACCACCCCUCCCGAUACCUCUGAUCGCAGGGAGGGAGAUGGAGUCGUGUCGGCGCUCGGCCAGUGGCAGCAGCCAGCCGCACCACUUCACAGACCUGGAGGCCCUCUCCACCUCCGACCGCCCUGCUGGGUCCACAGGGAUGGCCUCUCAGGGUGCUGCUGUUGACUCUGCUGAUUCUUUUCUCUCAGAAGCGCAGCUUAUUUCGACAGAGAAUGCUGACGGGAAACUGGGGAGUGGAGGGAAAGACAGUGGGGCUGCUGGGGGGGUGGGGGGCACGGUGGGUGUGGCGUUGUCUGGCGGCGCGUCUUUGGCUGCGAGGGUUUCUGAAAUGGUUCCCUUGCAAGGGAUGGGGCAAGGGGGCAGCACUGGAAGUAGUCCUGCUGUUUCAGCAGGAAUUGGCAGUGCAGGGGAGAUGGACAAGCUUAUGCUAGAUAUGGACCAACAAUAG